AUGGACGAGAAAGGAAUGUGUGAGUUAUUUAUUGAAGCUGAUAAGCUUUUUAAUGGUAAACAUGUCAAACUGAAGAAAAUUAACCAGUCUUCAUCAUACAAACAAUAUUGCCCCAAUAAUAAAGCAUGCUCAAGUAACAGGGAAGGUGUUGGUGCUUUGGGCGGGCAUUUAUUUACGAAGUUAUACGAUAAUAAAAGCAAGUAUUAUGAACAUUUUAUGAUGUGGUUGGCUAAUAAAUUAUAUAAUUUAAACGAAGACAAUAAUAUUACUCUAAGUUCGGCUUACAAUAAAUAUUUAGAGAACAAUAUAGGUAAUUUUAAUUAUUGGAAUCUUUUACGUAAUCAAGAGGAUUUUAAAGAUACUAAUCUUAGGUAUAUGAGUGAAUUGUACACGUUACUUAAACAUAUAUGUAAUACAAUUGCAUAUUAUAAAAAAAAUAAAAAAAUUGAGAAUCUUCGUCAGUAUUCUCUAGAUUGCCUUAAUAAAUAUAGAAGCCUUUACAAGACUUUUUCUGGAGAUGAUUCACAUCUGGAUCUAUUGGAAAAAUUAAAAAAAAUAUAUGACGACUUUAGAACUUCUGCUAUUAAUGAUGAUACUGAUGAAAAAAAUAAUAUAAAAAAUCGCCUUCAAGAACUUACACCAAUAAAUGAAAUAGAUUCACAUUCUACGAACAAUUUAAAAACGCUUGACUCUAAUGAUUCAAAUGAUCAAUUGGAAGGUGAAAAGAAACCCGAAAUUCCAAAGGAAAAGAGUACUCUAGAGGAGCAAAAAAAUCCUAAAAUCGAAGGAAAGAAUGAUGAACAAAGCACCGAACUACAAAAUUCAGUGAAUCAAACACCAAGCCAAAGAGAAGAACAAUCAGUUACAAAUGAUACAUCAAAAAUUUCAGGAAAUGAACCAGAAAAUAGUGGAAAAUCACAAGAAGACUCUGAAGAACAAGCAGUAGUUCAAGAAAAAACUCCAGAAAAACCACAGCCAGAACCACCGCCGGGACCACAACAACAGACAGUAUUAUCAUCAGCGAAUUCAGAAUCAUCAUCACAACAAGACCCAUCAACACCAUCAAUAUCACCGUCAGGAACAGAAGAACAAAAACAACGACAAUCUACAUCUGCACAAGAAAAACCAUUGACGAAACUUGUAACGGGAUUUUUAAAUGAUUCCCUUAAACCGUAUUUUUUAUCUUUUUAUGAUACCCUUACUGAAUAUGGAAAUCGUUUAUAUGGAAGUGCAUCAACUAGCUUAACAAAAGGUUAUUCUGUAUUUAUUGGGCUUGCUAAUUAUUUAAACACUCAACCAAAAGAUUCAGGAAGUAAUUUACCUCCAUCUGAUAGUUCAUCAUCAUCAAGUUCUACGGAACAAACUAAAACAUCAGAAUCGUCUCAGAGCCCAACUGUAAAAAUAAAUUCUGAUAAAACGGAUCAAGGAAAAUCUCAAGCACAAGUGCCAAAACCAGUGAUUACAUCGGAAAGUUCAGUAACCGAAGUAAAAGAAAAUGGAACAACAGGAAUAGAUGUUAAUAUACUCAAAAAAUACAAACCAAUUGGAAUUUCAAUUAUAAUGCUUUUAAUACCCAUUGCUUUAGCUAUUAUGUACAAGUAUUUUCCAUUUAAAUGGAGAAAGGAAUUGAAGAAAAAAAAAAACAUGAAAAAGGUUAUAAAUAUGUUUGGUGAAAAUGAAACGACAAAAAGAGUUAUAAACCCAACUGAUCGAAAAAAACAAGUACAAAUAAUUAUAAAUUUAUCUAAAAAAAAACAGGAUAAAAAGCUUACAAAUCCAUCUACUCAAAAAAAGCAGGAUGAAAAGGUUACAAGUUCAUCUACUCAAAAAAAACAAACUAAACAGUUUAUAAAUUCCAUUUACUGGGGAAAAUAUCCAUUAUUAAAUAUGUAUAAACUUAUGGAGACCGAUCCUGUACCAUUUAUUAUUUUGUAUUUGGUGUUUAUUUUUUAUGUUUAUAGAAGAAAAUGA